UUUAGAUCGCAGCAGCAGGCAUGAGCCCUCUUUGAAUCGCAGCAACAGGCAUGAGCCUUCCUUGGAUCACAGCAGCAGGCGUGAGCCCUCCUUGGAUCGCAGCAGCAGGCAUGAGCCCUCUUUGAAUCGCAGCAACAGGCAUGAGCCUUCCUUGGAUCGCAGCAGCAGGUAUGAGUCCCUCUUGGAUUGCAGGAGGGAUCGCUAAAGGAGGCGUGGGCCCAGCUGUGAAGAAUUUAACUGGAUUAUUGAUUACUUUGUGGAUGAUGCAAUGCAUCGCACAGACGAUGAAUCAAAAGGUGACGCUUUGCUUGCACUGAGCGCCAUGCAUGGACUAGGGAACUCUGUCAAGCGACCAUUCUACAUCGAGUCGCUUAUCCGAUGUAUGCACCCUACCAGACCUCACCGAGUCCGGCAUACCGCGCUUAGAGCUGUUUGUGAAGUUCGAGAGGAACUGGCUUCUAUGACCAGUGCUUCGCCACGGAAUCUCGAUGCACGGCUCCUGAAUGGGCUUUCCCGUGCUCUUUUAACUGCUGUACGUCCAAAUGUGCACCAGACAACCUACACUGGACCCGACACCACUUUCUACGUUAAUCGAGACUCUUGCUAUAUCCUCCUCCUCUAUGCCCUGACAAAGAAUGAUGAGUGGUGUCAACGUCUGACCCGUCAUGGCCAUCUCGACCAGUGCACGGCUCUACUUGGCGGAUUUUCAUAUAGCUCAGUAAUUGUAAUGAGAAUCGAAACGCCAUGGAACAGUACCGGUCAUGGUGUUACUGUCGAAUUCUACUUCCUCGUAAUCUUCGGGCGCAUCAAGUCCUUGGCCAAGGAUAUUCCUUUCAGUCCUGCUGAGAACCUGGAAUGGUUGCUGCUCAUCGCACGCACAUGGGACAACGCUUCACUUCGGAUAAAGGAUGACGACUAUGUCGAUGGAAUACCAGCAGUCGUGACAGCAACGAAGCUGGAUUUGACAGCAUCGGAUGAUGGUGUUCCAAGGGAGUGGUUAGUAGAUGUUGCUGCAAAGGUGCAUGUAGCUUUGGUCAACUUACGAGAGAGACAAGGGGAGCUUGUGAAUAAAGGUAUAGCUCAAGCUGCAAUUGACGAUGCACUAUCCUCUAUGGAGCGCUUGCACACCGAGUUCAGUCAUAUGGUCAAGCAACGGAGCACACUAGGAAAUCGUGGGAGCCUUAGUGACAAGUAUACGGAGAUCAGGAGGUCCCUGGACGGGUUUUAGACCGGUGAUGACAUGUGACACUGAAUCGAUGAUCACAUAGUCAUGAAGAAUAUGGUACAUCUUCGUUCGUUGGAAGAAAGGGAGCGGAAGAGAUCCUGCAUGCGAAGGAGAAAUGCGGAAGUCGCGCUUGCGUGUUUUGGGUGCGGAUAGACUAUGAGAUAGACUAGUGUAUGCGUAUGCUACGAGGGAAAUCAGUACUAGAGCCCGCCGCCACUCACAUCAUUCCAAAACCAAGGUUUGAAGGUGCACCGGUGAACCGUGAGGAGGCCACAAAGGCCGCCCUUAGCAGCUUGACAAA